GUGUACAUUUUUGAGACAGUCAAGCCACUUCCUGCUGGUUUCCGUGUUUACGAAGCUCAGGCUGCUCACAGUCCCGACAGAACAGAGGAGACCGAGCGGUCAUGGCUUCUUUAAAGACACCAGCCAGAACUAAAGAGAGGUUUUCUCUUCUCCUGCUGGAUUUGGAGGAAUAUUAUUUUGAACACUUCACUGCCUACCAUCUGUCAGGCAGUUCAAAAAAGGACAGAAAAAAGCGAGGCUCGUUUAAAGUGUGUUCCCGAUCGAUCAUAUUUGAAGCGGAGGAUUUGUCAGAGCCAAUCCUAAAGAUUCCUCUUCGAGAUUGUAAGGAAAUCGAUUUUGUCGAGAAAGAGAACAACCCGUUCAACGAGCCAUGCCCUCCUAUCAUUUCUAUAUCAUGCACUCAGGUCAUAUACAUUAAAGAAGGCAACAUAAUAGCACCAUACAGAAAUGAGAGGGGUGCAAAGAAAAUGACUUUUGAGUUGGAGGUGUGGAGUAAAACGGAAGACGUCGUUCAAACCUUACUACAGCUCCACAGAGCAUCCUGUCUGGAAAAGCUCGGCGACCAGACUGCAAUGAUUGAAGCGAAUCUACAGUCGCGACUUGCCAGGUCGUCGUUCGAUAAGAACUGCUUGCAGAACGUGGCCGAAAAGCCUCACAUGGAAUGCGAGGUGGAGAUGGUCACGCCCCUCGUGUCCAACCCCGGACACAUCUGCGUAACUGAUGAGAAUCUCUACUUCCAGCCACUCAAUGGAUAUCCAAAACACGUGAUUCAAAUCAAGCUCCACAGAAUCAGGAGGAUCUACAAAAGACGACACUGCCUCAGGCCGCUGGGUCUGGAGGUUUUCUGCUCUGAGAAUGACUUGUGCUCCGACAUCUACCUGAGGUUUUACAACACGGCCGACCGAGAUGAGAUUUACUACUACAUUGCAACAUUCCUUGAGAACCACAUGACGGAGCACACAGCGGAGAGCUACAUGCUCCAAUGGCAGCGAGGUCAUCUGAGCAACUACGAGUAUCUCCUCCACCUCAACAACCUGGCUGACCGCAGCUGCAACGAUCUUUCCCAGUAUCCCAUAUUCCCCUGGGUUAUUGCCGAUUACACCAACAAAUACUUAGACAUGACAGAUCCCGCCACGUUCAGAGACCUGAGCAAACCAGUGGGCGCUUUGAACAAAGAGCGUCUAGACAGACUGCUGGCUCGCUACCGAGGCAUGCCGGAACCUCGUUUCAUGUACGGCAGUCACUACUCAUCUCCAGGCUACGUCCUCUUCUACCUGGUCAGAGUUGCUCCGGAACACAUGCUGUGUAUUCAGAACGGACGCUUUGACCACGCAGAUCGCAUGUUUAACAGUGUUGCUGAAACUUGGAAGAACUGUUUGGAGGGAGCUACCGACUUUAAAGAGCUGAUCCCUGAGUUUUACGGCAACGACAGCAGCUUUCUGGAAAACAAGCUGAAUCUGGAUUUGGGCCGAAGGCAGAACGGAAGCCUGGUUGGUGAUGUCGUUCUUCCACCGUGGGCUUCAGAACCCAGCGAUUUCCUUCAGAAGAACAGGACGGCGCUAGAGAGUCAGCACGUGUCGGAGAACCUUCACGAGUGGAUCGACUUGGUGUUCGGAUUCAAACAGAAAGGCAGCGAGGCCGUGGCGGCCCACAACGUGUUUCACCCACUGACCUACGAAGGUGGCAUGGACUGUGACAGCAUCAAGGAUCCCGAUGAGCGAAUCGCCAUGUUGACGCAGAUCCUGGAGUUUGGCCAGACGCCCAAACAGCUGUUCAGCAGCCCUCACCCUCAGAGGAUCACGCCGCGCUUUCAAAUCAGCCGCAGCCUCAGCACCAACUCGAGCAUCGGCGAACUGUCUCCAGCCUCGCCGUGCGAGGACUCGUCAUUCGAGGACCUGACGGAGGAGAGCAGGAAGUUGGCCUGGGCAAACAUGGGCGAUCUGACACGGUUGGGCAGCCACAAGAUCCAUAAAGAAGCCGUGACAGGAAUCACCGUCAGCCGGGACGGAGCAGCAGUUUUCUCCACCUCACAAGACUCCACGCUCAAAAUGUUCUCCAAAGAACUGAAGGAGUUCCAGAGGAGCAUGUCCUUCUCCAACAUGGCUUUGUCGUCCUGUUUGAUGCUGUCCGAUGGUAAAACGGUGGCCUGUUCCUCGUGGGACAACAAUGUGUAUUUUUACUCCGUCCCGUACGGCAGACGACAGGACACGCUCAUGGGUCACGACGACGCGGUGACCGAGCUGUGUUGGUUUGAAGACCGGCUGUACACAGCAUCGUGGGAUUCUACUGUUAAGGUUUGGCAGCGUGUGUCAGAUGGCUCCUCCACUAACAAGAGAUCCCAGUGCGAACUGCUGGCUGAGUUGGAGCACGACACUGGGGUAAACACUAUAGCUUUAAAUCCUGCUGGGACUCUGUUGGUUUGUGGCUGUAAAGAUGGAACUGUUACCAUCUGGGACACCAGCAGCUAUGACACACUUCAUCAAGUCCACUGUCACACAGGAACCAUCCACUGCACAGCUUUCAGUCCUGACAGCCGGCAUGUUCUGACAACCGGUGCCGACCUCUGCAUGAAGGUCAUAGAUGUCCAGACGGGAAUGGUGAUCUCAUCGGUGAAAGCGGAGGAGGAACAGAGGUGUUUCUGCUGGGACGGAAACUCAGUCCUGUGUGGCGGACGGUCAGGUGACCUGCUGCUGUGGGACCUGCUCAGCAACACAGUCACCAAGAGAAUAACCGCACACACAGGCGCAGUCACAGCAAUGUGGAUGAACGACUUGUGCAGCACGGUGAUCACAGGAGGCGAGGACAGACAGAUGAUCUUCUGGAAGCUGCAGAGUUGAAGAGCACUUCCUGCGCAAAUCUACUGCGGAGCCCAAGUUCGACAGCCUGGUUGUUGUCCUGCAAAAUCUGACUGUUAACAGAUUGGUGGGACGGUGUUGUGAAGAUUAUACUGUUAGUGUACAAUAUCGCAGUAUUGCUAACUCUCCUUCACCUGCUCCCCUUACGACAAACCUCGUCACAUUUAUCUGCGGCUUGAGAGAAAAAAAGUUUGACUGCAUAUUUGCUUCUUUUCAUUUUUUAUGUUGUGAUUUUUUUUUUUUUUUUUGAAAAAUGUUAUGUUUUAUUCUUUGUGUGCUCACCCUGUCAGAGCUACAUGCCACUCACGUGUUUAUUCAGUUUACAUCUUACAUCAAAAAAAUACUUCUCUCUGUUCUCUUUUCUCUCUGUGUUAUUUUCCAGAGCCUUAUGAGAUUAAGACUAUAAUUAUGAGCUUGAAAAGAGAUAUGUCCUAAAUUAUUACCUGCAGACUGGAAACUGCUGAGACACCAAAGUAUGAAAAAGCAGUGUUAGCUAUUUUACCAAGCAAAUUGUAGGCCAUGACAAAUAAGCAAUGUUUCUGUAAAUGGAGAUUUUUAAACAAUACAUUGCAAGGAUGUAAAAAUGUUACUAAUGGACAUUAAAAUGUCUAUACUCAUUGUGUGAUGUUG